CACUUCCCCAACGUCUUAGGUUACCACCAUCGUCGCUCCUCCAGUACUUAUCUUCUCGAUCAGCCCGUCCGAGUGUAGAAUUGAGCAUUAAUCGGUAUGGAUUCUCUGCGGGUCGAAAGUCUCUUUGGAGUCAAGGACAAGGCGGUCCUCGUCACUGGUGGGUCCCGCGGCAUAGGGAAAAUGAUCGCUACUGGAUUCGUGAAGAACGGUGCCAAGGUGUACAUUUCGUCGCGGUCAGCUCAGGACUGCGCGGAGACGGCGAAGGAGCUAUGCGCGUUGGGGCCGGGUGAAUGCGUUGCCAUCCCCGCAGAUAUGCAGAAACUCUCGGAAGUUGAGCGGCUUGCUAAGGAGCUGGCGGCGAAAGAAGGCAAACUGCAUGUCCUUGUGAACAAUGCGGGCGCGACGUGGGCCGACUCGAUCGACAACUACCCUGACGGUGGUUUCUCGAAAGUAAUCAACCUGAACUUGCAGCGCGUCUUCACGCUGACACAGAAGGUUCUCCCUUUGCUCCGGGCGGGCGCGGAGGCAGGUGGGAAGAUUAACGACGUCUAUGCUGAUCCCGCAAGGAUCAUCAAUAUCGGCUCCGUGGAAGGCCUUAUGGUACCGAAUCACGACACUUAUGCGUACUCGGCAUCAAAGGCGGCACUUCACCACCUCAGUCGUCAUAUGGCAGGUAGGCUGGGCUCAGAGGGCAUACAUAGUAAUGUCAUAGCUUGCGGAGCUUUUCAAAGCAAGAUGACCGCUGGACUUUUCGAACAAGCAGGCGAGGUUAUUAUGUCCCACAUUCCUUCCAGCCGCUAUGGCACACCUGAAGAUGUUGUUGGAACGACUCUCUACUUGUCAAGCCGUGCCGCUGCCUAUGUUAAUGGGGCGACGAUUGCCCUCGACGGUGGAUGGCUUGUCCACAUGCCAAUAGCCAGCAAACUGUAGGAUUUAACACAUCCAUUCACAUACACUCGUUUUAUCAGACUAAUGCUUACUUUCGUUACAUUCUAAAUCAAAUGUCCUUUUCGAUAUUUUAGACAACAUCUGAUUAAUUGCAUUUCUUGUACAUGGUUCAUUCAACGGAGUUAACUAUCAUUUACUUGUCCGACUGCUCUGGCGCUUUCUCUGAACUCUUCUCCGAAGGUUCCGAAGGUUUAGAGGUUUCAAGCUUUGUGUCCUUACUUGAAUCUACCUUCGCCCCUUCUUCACUGACGUUUGUAGCCUCUUCCUUACCUGCAGCUGCCUUCUUUACUUCUAGUCCUUCAGCGGGCUUGUCUCCAACACCUCCUCCAAGGCUCUUUACCAUCUCAGCAGCUUCAUCGCCACCAAGACCCAGAUCCUCCACCAGCUUAAUCAGAUCGUCGUCGGUGACCCGCACACCUUGCAGACCAAAUCCCUCCAGCUCUGUGCUGACGUCGUAUUCGCCUUGCCGUUUGUUUACUGGUACCGAGGGUGUAGCAGCGGGAAAGAACUUUGGCUUGUGAUGCUCCGGUGUCAUUUGGGCGAGGGGGACUGCGCCUGGAACACCAACAGGCUUCACGGCCGGUGCUGGACGAUCAUCGUCAUCGACGUUCCAAGUCUCGUUAAGCCGAAGGAAGGUGUCGACUUCGUUGUAUUCUACGGCUUCCUCAAACUCAUCGAACGUCCCAGGGUACUUUCCGCCGACAAGGAUACCAGGAAGCUGCUGUUUAUCUAGAGGGGCCUUUCUCUUCCAUAACCGCUUUGCGUCCUCAUCUGAAGCAAGGUCGUAAGAUGUAUAGGUAAUCUUCUUGGUCUGGAGAAUGCGGAGGAUAUAAUCUUGUCGUUUGCGAAGAACGGGCUGGGUGGCAAUCGUGGUUAGGAAAACCUGUAUGGGUGGAUGCGGCAUGGUAGGUAAGCACAGGCGAGAAACGAGGAGGGGAAUAGAGAGUCG